GCGAAACUCGCCCGCCGCACGGCAUUUGAAGUCGCGCCACCGAAGCAGUAGCCCGGCCGAUAUAUCACAGGUGCAUCAAUCGAGUGCGGUGACUAACGAAUUUAAAAAAAUGUCCAUCUCAGAAUUCCGGAGGAAGAAGCUGCUUUAUGUUUUCAACGUGUUUUUCGACGUUAAUCAAAGCGGAACGAUAGAAAGGAAAGACUUCGAGUUGGCAAUAGAGAAAAUCUGCAGCCUCCGAGGCUGGAAGCCAGGAGACUCAAAAAACAGCGAAACACACGAGAUCAUGAUCAAGAUCUGGGACGGCCUGCGUAAGAGAGCCGACUCCAAUAGGGACGGUCAGGUGUCCGUGGAGGAAUGGGUGUCCAUGUGGAACGACUACGCUCACAACCCGUCAGCAGCGCUGAAAUGGCAACAGCAGUAUUGCCAUUUCAUGUUCCAACUGGAGGACGCAAGUGCCGACGGUUCUAUAGACUCCGAUGAGUUCACAACAGUCUGCUCAUCUUAUGGCAUCGACCCUCAAGAGUGUAAAGUCGCUUUCAGCAAGAUGGCGAAGGGCAAAAGCAGCGUCUCCUGGGAAGAGUUCCAGGAACUAUGGAAGGAGUACUUCUCCACUGAGGACCCAUCUGCUCCUGGUAACUUCAUAUUCGGCAGGACCAGCUUCUAAACUUGUACCAACACGAUGUUGACAUCACAACUUUCGAACGCCGUCUGUAACGGCUGAAAGAAAUUCGAAGGGAGCAUCGUCUCAGUACAUUCCAUUGAUAUAUUUAGAUUUAUGGAUCAGCAGAUUAGGCUUCAAGGGGGCCGCUCAAUAAUACCAACUAGAUAACGCCUCACAAAUUAGAACGUACUCGCUAUUAGCGAAGAUUAUUAAUUGCCAUUGAAUAAUUCAACAUUAGAGCAACAUGCAAAAUUACACAGUUGAUCUUCCUAAAAUUAAUAAAAUAAAAAUUAAUUACAUUAUAGUAUUC